CAUAUUGAAAGCCCGGAAACACAACUACGCCUCACUAAGCAACAUCUCUUUCUCUUCUCUCUUUCUCUCUCUCUACACGCCAUCAUGCAAAGACAGUCUCUGGGCUCCCCAGUCUCCAAGCACCACGGCCAUGGCGGUGCAGCCAAGGACGACACUCUCAUAAUCGAGGAGCCAAAGCAAAGAGACAGAGACGACAACAAUUGCGACGACGACGUGGAACACAAAGCGACAAAGCCUCACCGUGUAUCGCUGCCGCUCUCGCCGCCGCAGAGGCCAGAGAAGUUCAUCCACGUCAUCCCCGUCCUCACCUUCCUUUGCUUCCUCAUCCUCUACCUCAGCUCCCACACUCCCUCCCAGUCAGAUUUGGCUCAGUUCAAUGGUUUUCAGCUACCAGCGAAGCACCUAGACUCGGCCGAGAUUAACGAUGUCGGGCGAUUUAAUGAGAUCAAAAAGGGCGAUGUUUUGGCGAUCCGAAGCCUCCGCAACUUGCAAGAGAUUGAAAAACGCUCCCCGAAAUCCCGCUCCCACCGAAAAGUCGCUGAUUUCUAGGCCGCAUUUUGUUCCGGUUUCGCACGUGCGACUCUCUGGGUAGAAUUCACACGUGCGCUCCCAUCUUCUUUCAUUAAUUUUUUUUUCUUCAGCCUUCCUCGCGCGUGUAUAUUCAUUCACUGCAUGCUUAUAUUUGUGAACAAAUUGGGUAAGCGCGUGUGGCGCUUUGUUUCGGAUUUGUAGACGAACAUAGAAAUCAAUCAGAUCACAAUAAUAGAAAUUCCAAAGUAUUUAUUCGGAUU